AUGCAUCGUACUAGCCCACUGUACGUGGUGUCGAACUGUAGUGGGCCCUCGGUGACCGUACCUCCGCUGCUCGCUCCACUCAGCACCGUUGACCAGCAGCAGCAACAGCAGCAGCAUUAUGGUGUACCAUCAAUCGAUUCCAUAGGCCAUCAGCCGGCUGGCCCCAGCAGCCCCAGUCCAGGUGGACGGAGCACCCUCAAGCGGAAGCUCCCGGUCGCAGGCGACGAUCCAGACUCGGUCAGCUACCCAGUGUCGGUGUCGGUGGCGCCGUACUCAGCCACCAACACUGACGGCCCCAGCAUGCUGGUGGCGAAAGCGCGCAAAGAAUUGACCUUAUCGACCACGUCCAGCAGCCUGCACAAUCAGGGUGUGGAGCUGCACGAGUUUCCGGCUUUCGGGCAAGCAUUCGGGGUGUCCGGGAUCGGCCAGUUCUACGUGCUCAGUGCCAACGACAGUAACAACAAUAGCGCGGCAGCCACACUGGAAAAUGGGCACCAGCAGCAGGAGCACCCGGAUCAAGAGGAUAACCACCAGCACCACCAGCACCACCAUCAGGACCAUCUGGCGACCUACAUCUACGAUGUGCAGGACGCCAGCGGUCCGGUUAGUGGGGCCGGAUCGAUCGAGCCUCUCGGUGAGCAGAUGAUCUCGAGCGUACCGGCCGCCAUCAUCAGUGACGUCCAGGGGCACCAGUCCAACAAGAUCGUCCUCACCGACAUCAGCUCGUCCACCUGGACCAGCACCGCCGAGCUGCUCGACCUGGACCGCAAGGGACCGACCGCACCCCCGGCCGACCUGCACCAUCGGUACUCCAUCAUCAGCAGCGACCACCAGCACCACCAGCAUCACCAGCAGCAACUACAGCAGCAACCACAACAACAAAAUCACCACGAACACCUCCACCACCAUCUACCACAGCUCUCGGCUCACCAGCACCACCAUCAUCACCAACAGCAGCAGCAGCAGCAUCAGGUGCACCACCAACAGCAGUUGUCGCUCCAUGCACCACACCACUCGCACCACCAUCAACCUCAACAGCAACCUCAGGUGUCCACGUCGCCCCAACCUCCACCUCUACUGCCACCUCCGUUACCAGCGGUAUCUGCGUGCCUGUCCGUCUCGAGCCAGCAGCAGUCAUCCCAUGCAUCGCAGCAGCAGCAGCAGCAGCAGUACGGGAACCGGGCCCCAUAUGGCGGCAACAAUCAGAGCCACGUUUGGACCGGCGAUGGGUCCCCGUCGACACCACCAACUACCGGUGGUCUGAGACAAACCCAUACCUCCGGCAUGAAGACUCCCGAGCAGCUCGCAUCGCAAACACCGGACACCCCAGAAGACUGCAAGAACUUGUCGUGGCUGCUAAGCUUCAAGCUGGACGAUAUCCCGAACCUGUCGCCCCGCUCCAAUCGCAAGCAGAAACCGAAAGCGAGCACCACGGCGGGCACGACGGUGGCCACGGCGGCAACAGCCUGUGACCCGGCUAACCCGACGGACGGAUCCGGGACUGCCGGUGCCGCCAGUGGCGUCGGUAGCGUCCCGAUCGGUGACGCCGUAGCCUUGGCCAUCGAGGACGGUGAUCUGAACGUGGGCGAGAACGUCACGAUCGAGAGUAGCAGUGGCAAAUCUCCGAAGAAACCGCCCUUCACCUACACGGAGCUGAUCGAGUACGCACUGGAGGAGCAGGGCGAUCUGACCGUGGCCGCCAUUUACCAGUGGAUCUCCGAUCACUUUCCGUACUACAAGUCCCAUGACGACCGCUGGAAGAACUCAGUCCGCCACAACCUGUCGAUCAAUCCGCACUUCCGGAAGGGCCGCAAGUCCUCGCACGGUUCCGGUCACCUAUGGACAAUCUCGAGCCGCAACUCGGAGGACAACUUCCUGGCGUGGGAGCACAAAAAGCAACGCUUCGAAUGGUUCUUCAAAAUGGAGGCGAAUGCGCGCACCCGCGGCACCACGGGUACGGUCGAUUCGAUGACCGACGACGAGGUGGCGGCGGCGACGGCCAGCCUGGCACAGUACGCCCCGAAGUCACCGAUGGUCGCUUCCCCGGUUGGACAGACACUCGAAUGUAGCCGGAUGAAUGCAGCCUCCUCCGAGCAACACACCAGUCACCAUACAUUGCCACACCAUCAGCAGCACCAUCACCAGCAGCAGGCGCCCCAGCAACAGCAGCAUCAGCAACAGCAACCUAUUACUGCUACGUACCAUCAGACCCAGACGCUGUACGCGGACAUCAUCAGUAACGCGCAGUUCGAGAUUACGGCGACGGCUGAAGAGAUCAAGCAGAUGGACGAGGACACGCUCAAUGGUCUGCGGCGGGGCACGGAAAUCCAGAUCGUCCGGCCGACGCAAGCCAUCCAGACGUACGAGAUGCUCGACUCGGAGUACAACAUCGCCGACUACCUGAAUCCGGUUCCCAAGGAAGAGAUUGUGCAGGAGUGCGGACUGCGCUCGGUCGCACUCGAUCCCGCCGAGCUCGGCAUCAGCAUCCCGUCGGCCACGACGCAGGAGGACGACAUACUGUUCGAUGAGUUCAACCUGAGCUACUUUGGCAACAACAUCAUGACCUGA